GUAGCACGCAGCCGCCGUACUUGGUUGUGGUCGGAGCGAAAAAGCUAGGAAGGAAAGGAAACAUCUAGCAUCGUAGAUAAACACCCUAUAGAGGUGUGAACCCAUCGAACACACAGCUGUCCCAAUACCACGAGAACAGUAAAAAGGCCAGCUUGAGUCCUUCAUACAGCGAGGGUCAACAUGUCCGAGACAUACGACUUCCUGUUUAAGUUCCUGGUGAUUGGCAGUGCUGGGACGGGGAAAUCCUGCCUCCUCCACCAGUUUAUUGAAACAAAAAUUAAACAGGACUCCAACCACACCAUCGGCGUGGAGUUUGGUUCCAGAGUGGUCAACGUCGGUGGAAAGACGGUCAAACUGCAAAUCUGGGACAGCGGGCAGGAGCGAUUCCGUUCGGUUACACGCAGCUACUACAGAGGAGCAGCUGGGGCGCUUCUCGUCUAUGAUAUUACCAGGUAAAACAGUCACUGCACUUACUGUCCCUCUCUAUUUCUACAAAUGGUGUGUUUUGUGUAACAGAAUCAGAAUCAGCUUUAUUGCAAGGUAUGU